UCUAAGCCGCCAGGACGGAGCGAGCCAGUUGUUGACUAGAACCGGACCGUGAUGGAGGUGCUCGAGUUAAGUUCUGUCGCGGGAUCGGCGGCCGAGUUUAGGUUCUCGUUUGAAAAUGUAUUCUACAAACCGGACCCGCCCCGGCAGUCGAUCGGUUUGCGAUACUUGCCCAAGCGGUACGCCGUCAAUACCGGGAGUGAACGGAAAGUGAUCUUGAGCAACGUUAGCGGGAAGUUUCGGUCAGGACGGUUGACGGCCAUUUUGGGACCGUCCGGUUCGGGCAAGUCAUCGUUGCUGAAUAUUUUGAGUGGAUUUCGAAAGGCCGAUGGAAUCAUCAAGCUUGACGGACAUCCGCUGUCCGGAUCGAAGCUCCGGAAGUUCGUGUCCUACACCGAGCAAGCCGUUUCGCUGUGGUUGAACCUGACCGUUGAGGAGUCACUUCUAUACGCGGCAGAGUUCCAGCUACCCGCUACUCUAUCCAAAUCCGCCAAGUGCGCCAGGGUCUUCGACCUUAUCGAGACCCUUGGUUUAGAAAAGUGCAGAUCCACGCUGGGACGGAGUCUAAGCGGCGGGGAAUACAAAAGGCUCGCGAUGGGAAUCGACCUGUUGUCCGACCCCAAAGUUAUGCUGCUGGACGAACCGACCAGCGGGCUUGACACCGUAGCGACCAACCAGGUCGUUAGUCACAUGAAGACUCUGGCCCGAAACGGACGCAUCGUGGCCUGCGUCAUCCAUCAACCCAGCUCCGGCAUCCUGCGGAUGUUCGACGACGUAUUCCUGCUCUCCAAAGGAAACUGCCUGUACUGUGGACCACUGGACGGAAUGGUUCCGUACUUUGCCGCCGCAGGACUAGAAUGUCCCCUUUCGCACAAUCCGGCAGAUUUCGCUCUCGAGGUGGCCAGUAUGGAAAACGAAGCCGACGAACGGGUCGAGAAAAUGAUCCGUAGUCAGAAGGUAAUUGGUCAAUCGGGGGAGAGCAACGCAGCCGUGAACGGCACGCCAGUAGUGACGCAGAGCAGAACGCCGGCAGCGUUGAAAUUGUCACUGUGGACGCAGUUCUGGCUGCUGACCAAGCGGACGACGCUCUGUACGUUGCGGGAUCCGACUCAAAUCCAGGCGAAAACGGCCAUCAGCAUCUUUGUUGGCGUCCUUGUCGGAGUGGUGUUCUACGAUGUGGGCAAUAACGCAGCGAGAAUCAUCUCCAACACGGCAUUCUUUCAAAUAGUUCUCCAUACGAUUCUGUUCAUUACGAUUGGCCCUGCUGCCGUUGUUUAUCCCCUGGAAUCGGCAGCUGUACUUCGAGAAUACCGCAGCAAUGCGUACGCCCUGCUCCCGUACUGUUUGUCCAAAAUGCUCAUCGAAAUCCCGCUGCUCGUGCUCAACACCACAAUUUUGAUAGCGAUCAUCUACUGGUCUACCUCUCAGCCGAUGGAGCUGUAUCGAAUCUUUUGGUUCUGGGCGAUUUGCUUGAUCUAUGGUUGGAUCGCUCAGAUGUGGGGUCUCAUCCUGGGCUGUUUCUACGACAUGGCAACGACGGUUUUCUUGGCUAGCAUCACCGCCAUACCGGUGAUCUUGUUCUCCGGAUGUCUGAUGACGAUCGAGGCGAUUCCGGCACUGCUUCGACCGUUGACGUACGUUAGUUUCGAGCGGUAUGCGUUUGAGGGAUAUCUGCACGUGCUGUACGGAUUUGGGCGGGAAGAUAUGGAGUGUCCGGAGAUAUUCUGCUACUACAAGAAGAUCUCCAAGUAUCUGAAGGCGUUGCAGAUGCCGGUGAUUGAUUUCGAGUACGACUUGCUUGGGCUAGGGGUUUGGGCUUCAGUCAUGACGGUGGCGUUCUACUUCUGCCUGAAGCGAAGGGUCAAUAUGCAGGAUAAAGUUUGAGG